CUGUCGCAACUCGCAAUGGCGCCCGCGGCGGCGCUGCUGCUGGCGUGCGCCGUCGCCGCGCUGGCAUGCCUGGCACUCGCGGACCCGCCGGCGAGCGAGCAGACGGCGCUGCUGGCCUUCCUCGCGGCCGUGCCCCACGAGCGCAAGCUCGGGUGGAGCGCCUCCACGCCGGCCUGCGCCUGGGUCGGGGUCACCUGCGACGCCGCCAACUCCACCGUCGUCAAGCUGCGCCUACCCGGGAUCGGGCUCGUCGGCCCCAUCCUGCCGGGGACCCUCGGGCGGCUAGCCAACCUCCAGGUGCUGUCCCUCCGCGCCAACCGCGUGUCCGGCACCAUCCCCGACGACCUCCUCCGCCUCUCCGCCCUCCGGUCCCUCUUCCUGCAGGACAACGCCGUCUCCGGCGCCAUCCCGCCGGGGGUCUCCGGGCUGGCCGCGCUCGAGCGGCUCGUGCUCUCCCACAACAAUUUGUCGGGCCCCAUCCCCUUCGCGCUCGGCGGCCUCGCGGCGCUGCGCGCGCUGAGGCUCGACGGCAACUGGCUGUCCGGCAAGAUCCCCAGCAUCGCCAACCCGGGGCUCAGGGCGUUCAACGUCUCGAACAACAUGCUCAACGGCUCCAUCCCGCGGGCGCUGUCGCGCUUCCCCACCGACACCUUCGCCGGGAACCUCCAGCUGUGCGGCACCCCGCUGCCCCCCUGCAGCCCCUUCUUCCCGUCCCCGGCGCCGGGGAUGGGCCCGAGCGACGGCGCGCCCGGUGGGACCGGGAGGAAGAAGAAGAAGCUGUCCACCGCGGCGAUCGUCGGCAUCAUCGUGGCCGCCGUGGCCGUCGCGCUGCUCCUGCUUCUUCUGGCCAUCGUGUUCUGCUGCAAGAAGAGGGCCCGGCGAGGCGCGCGCAUGGAGGGACCGAAGGGCACGGCCGCGGCGGUGGGGCAGACAGGCACAACCAGACCGCCGGCGGCGUCCGGCGAGGGCACGGGCACCGCGUCCUCGCCAAAGGACGACGCGGGCACCUCCGGGGCGGUGGCCGCGGCGGGCGGCGGGACGGGGGAAACGAGCCGGCUGGUGUUCGUGGGGAAGAGCGCGGGGUACAGCUUCGACCUGGAGGACCUGCUGCGGGCGUCGGCGGAGGUGCUGGGGAAGGGGAGCGCGGGGACGUCGUACAAGGCGGUGCUGGAGGAGGGGACGACGGUGGUGGUGAAGCGGCUCAAGGAGGUGGCGGUGGCGCAGCGCGAGUUUGAGGCGCACAUGGAGGCCGUCGGCGGCGUGGAGCACCGCAACCUGCUCCCCGUCCACGCAUACUACUUCUCCAAGGACGAGAAGCUGCUCGUCUACGACUACCUCCCCGCCGGCAGCCUCUCCGCCAUGCUCCACAGUCAGUCAUCACCCUCCCUCCUUCAACCAAAACUGUACUGCAUUGCAUAGAUAGCAUCGCCGGCAAUUCGACGUGACGGCAUGUGGAGUGGACGGGCGGCUCAUCUGGCGCGCUUUUCGCCCCGUUCUGCGUCUUUUUCUUUGGUUCAUCAUUGUUUUGUGGAUCUUUCUCUCGUUGGUCGUGGCUUUUCUUUGAUGGCCAAGCGGGGUAAAAAUCGCGGCAUGUGCAUGGGAUCAUCAAAGAAAGAAAGAAAGAAGGAGCGAUGAUGAUGGGCUUGGCUCGCUGCUGGAAAUGCAACACUUGGCCCGCAUUGGCGAGGAGCAGAGACAGAAAAUGGUGUGCGUGCGCUGGCCGCGGGGUUUUCGGGCUGUAAAGCCACGACGAUGGUCCUCCCUCCUCGUGGAUUUUCUUUUCUUUCUUUAUUUAUUUACAUUCCAACGCUACGAUCCAGAGGAGAGGAGAAAUGCGAAUGCGGUUUGCACGCC